AUGGCGAUGCGAUUAGGUACUUCCAAGCGACUACUAACACGCUACACAAAGAAAUUAGAAACAAUAAUCACCCAUCUUAAGAAUGAAGGACUAGAAACGCUUACGGCUGCAUCACAAGAAGGUGAAGAAAUCAGAGACAAUCUGCGGCAGCUGAAUGAAGGAAUAGGGGCAAUAACGGCAUUCACGGAGAAGAUUGAGAAGCUUUUGAUGGACUACGCUACAGACGUCUCAGGCGUGCAAGGCUUGGAUGAACAAGAAUUAAGCAGCUUCGAGGAGUAUUCCGCAAAGGCGGAGGAAGUUCUGGCCUCCGCAUUUGACUGUUUAGUACUCUUAAAGUCACGCAGACAGGCAUACACGGUAUGCACGUCUCGUGAAGGGGAAGCAAGUAACACGACACCGGAAGCUACGGAAGGAACUACUCCUCAGGUACAACCAAGGUUGGGAAGUGAGCUCCCAGCAUUGCCCAUUCCAGUAUUCCGAGGGAAUAUAUGGGAAUGGGACAAUUUUUGGGAACUCUUAAACACCAAUAUCCACUCGCAGCAGAUCCCCGACCUCUACAAAUUCAAUUACCUGAAAAAUGCACUUCGCGGUGAGGCUUACCAAGCAAUCGAAAAGUUUCAAGUGAAAUAUCCUGUGGAUCUUUCCAGAGAAGAAGAAGAAGAUCCAAGUUACGUGUCAAGUGAAGAACUUGUUUUGCUACGGACAAAAAAGCAAACGAUAGAAGCCCUGCAAUCUUCCUGCAAAGCCGUGGAGAAAUUUUGGCAAGUAUGGCAAACUCAUUACCUGACAUCAUUACGAGAGAAACAUCAGAAAGACGUAGGACAAAAACGAGGAUGCUCAUAUGAGCCGCAUAAUGGUGAUUUGGUAAUGAUCGCAGAUCCCGUGCAACCACGCCAAGCUUGGAAGCUUGGACGGAUUAUCGAACUGGUUGAAAACCACAGCGGGGUCGUAAGGGAGGCAGGUGUGAUGUUACCUUCGCGCCAUAAAAUUCGCAGACCUGUCAACCUUUUGGUGCCACUGGAGCUGGAACAGUAUCCGGCUAAUAGCAGAAGAGAAGAAGAUGCAGGGAAUGACAAACCCGCAAUUAGUACAGAAGAAACAGUCACACAUCCUUACAAUCUUCGUCCAAACCGCAAGAAGAACUAUAUCGGAAGCAUUUUGCACUCCUCAGUACUACUCACCACCAUUCUGGGACUGAUAUUUUCGAAUAAAGGAGUUAAGGGACAACAACUACCGAACCAAUCAUCGAAGAUUUCUCGGACGAUGAAAUGCAUUCCUGUCUCAUGUGGAGAAGUCGUCACAACAUUUGAAGUCGGAGGAAUUCUCAAAUAUACUGUAUCUUUCGAGGCAAUGCUCUACAAACUCAGCGUCGCUGAACUCGACGGAGAAACAACAUUCCUGAAGACAAUCCUGGGAGUAGCAAGCCCACAAGCAGAACUCCUGGAACCCCAGCUCCAAGCCAUUCUGAAAUCGCUGCACAAUCAAAGGAAGACAGGAUCUACGAUCGGCAAGUGCAAGCUAAUCUCAUCCCGAGAGGGAGAAGAUUCCAAUGGCUGGAGAGGAAAGAAACAAGAAUAUGAUGGGAGGGCAGAAACAGUGCUCAAACUGGUUCAAAGCCUGAUGAGCUUUACGCAGACGAGCAUAACUCAGAUGGAAGGUCACUUGAGCAAAGUGGAGGAACAAGUAAGCGCAAGCGAGGAAACAAAUCUCGCUGUUCAAUGCAAACAACUGAAGGAACGCAUCCAGGAGAUAGAACUCGGCUGGGCGCAUCAAGUAGAGCGACUCGAAAAAGAAAGCCAGGCACUAAAGGAAAAGAUUCAAGAACAAAACGAAGAUAAGCGAAUGGACUGGAGUGCUGAAGUUGAAGAAGCAGUCGCUGGCAACAAGGAACAAGAAAAGGAGAAAUGCGCAAAGCAAAAUGAUGAAACAAUGGACUGGACGGCUCCUGAGGAAGUAACAACUAUCGAUCAAGCCAAUGACAACAAAACAAGCGAUAGCUAUGAAGAUGACAGAUCAGAAACGAAUGAAAUGGAAACAACAUUCUUUACGAUCGAAAGAUUGAUGGACCAGGAGGACAGCAGCAAAGGGCGAAGAGAUAGCUACCAUGCAGAGAAUGAAGAAACAGAAAACGAUGUUUCCAAUGACCAAUGCAUAUCAUAUAGCAAUUGA